UUCUUCGUUGAAAUAAUUUCAGUACAUAUCACAUGUCUUUCCACAAUUACGGCCUGUACCAGUUAUAUAAUAAAAGUAUGUUGAACUAUUUAUUUUAUUUCUCAGAUAAUUUAAAGGAAAAGAAAAAUAGCGUGAUGUUAAGCAAACAUUGUAUGAUAUUAAUACAUUCAUUGAUAUCACCAAUAUCUCGCUGUUCACUUGCAGUUUGUCUUUCAUCUAGCCUCAUGUAUCUAGUCGAGGAACAUUAUUAUACAAUCAAUAAAACUGUUUUAAAGGGAUUAGGUAUCUGGCCUCAUGAUAAAUCGCGAUUGGCAUUUUUGCGGCGGAUGCUGUUUCUUACUUUAGCUGUAACAUACAUUGCUUUACAGUUGGCAGUCUUUAUUACAUCAAAAUACAAUAUGAACCUCUUUGUUAAAACUAUGUCGCUCGCUUUUCCUAGUAUAUUAUUUACGUUAAAGUAUAUCACUUUUAUGUUUAGAACAAAAACUAUGAAAAACUUGCAUCAUCGUAUGCGAGAAGACUGGAAGUUAAUGCAAAAUAAAAUUGAACAUGAUAUCAUAAAGAAAUGUGCUCACGACUGUCAAAAUUAUAUCAUCUUUAUAUCCCAGUCCAUUGCUGUUUUAAUAAUCAUUCUAGUCAUCAUACAAUUUUUGCCAGUUACUCUUGACUUUAUUUGGCCAUUGGACGAACCUAGGUCACACAAACCUAUUAUUACGGUGGAAUACUUUAUCUUUCAAGAUGAUCAUUUCUAUAUUGCAACAUUUCAUCAAACUAUUAUUGUUGCAUUAUUUACGGCAAUAAUGAUAGCCACGGGAACGACAUUGUUGUUAUUUGCGCUUCAUUCUUUUGGAAUGUUUAAAAUUGCCAGUCAUCGAAUAAAACAUUCCAUUGAUAAUUAUGUCAUACGUAUGCCAAAUUGUGAAAUGGAACGCACAAUUUACAAAAGGAUUAUCCAUGUUAUAAUUGCACACCGUAGAGCUAUGGAGUUUUCUAACAUUUUGGUGUCAGCUUUGAAUGUGCCAUAUUGCACUAUUGUUAUUAUUGGUGUGUUUUCAUUGAGCAUCAAUUUAUUCAGAUUUGUUCAAGCGGUAACAAUAUCAAUGGACAUAGAAGACAUAUUAGUAUCUUUUUCUGCAGUUUUUGGUCAUCUAGUUUAUAUGUUUAUAGCAAUUUAUGUUGGACAAAAGGCUACUGAUCACAAUGAUGAACUUUUUAGAUUAACAUAUGAUACAUCAUGGUAUUUAAUACCUGUCACAUCACAAAAACUGAUUUUAUUCUUAAUAACAAGAACUGGUAAAGAAUUUUAUUACACACUUGGCUACAUAUUUGUGGCAAAAAUAGAAAACUUUGCCAUGGUAAGCAACACUAAAAAUAACAACAAAAUACACUUUUUUAAAAAUCUAUACACUAGUUAUGUUUUCAGCUCUUAAAUACUGCGCUGUCCUACGUUGCCGUGAUGUAUUCUAUCCAAUAAAAAUAAAAAAGACGCAUCAAUAAUGCAAUCAGUAAAUUAAUCAUUUUAUUUUUUUUGUGGAUACACAUGAAAACAUAAAGAAGCGCAUUACGCUUUUUUAUAUGAUAUUAAUUAUCUAUAUUUUUGUAAGAAGAACUUCACUUUUUAUGUUUUAUCUCCGUAAUAUAACCGUACAUAGCACAAGGUCUUUUUUUUAAUAUAUGUAAAUUAUUAUAUUAAUAGAGGAAAGACGGUGCAGGUCGUGAGAUACGUGGGGUGGUGAGAUAUCAUGAUAUUUCGUAUUAUUCGCGAUGAAUUCUAAAAGCAACCAUUAAAAUUAUUUUAUUACAGUAUAUUUAGACAUUAUAGGAUAGUUAUUGAUCAUUAGUGUUUAUUACGUUUUUAUAAAAGCAAUUUUAGUUUUGUAGAUGAUUUUUAGAUAUAUACUUUCUACAUAAUUUUAAAAAGUAUAUUAAAUAUUGAUUAUUUUAACUUAAGUCUAGCUUGAAAACCUUGACUGUGGCUUUCAAAUAAUGUAAUUGAAUUUAAUGUGUGCGAUAAUGUGUGCAUGAAUUUGGCGUAUAAAGUUAUAUCAUGUAGUAAGAGAAGUCGUAAGAUAGUUGUGAGCCAUUUGCAUUACGAGCGUAAGAAUUGUGGCGCAUUAAUAUUUAUUAAAUUAUUUUAAAGAAAUAAAAUGGUAUUCCAUCACCCCUUUUUUUUCUUUACAAAUUACACUGGUCAACAAUAAAAAUAUCAAAACAGCUAAUUUUAUUAAUUGUGAGGUGCUGAUAACGAAUAAAAUUUGAAUUUUAAUUCUAAUUUUCAUGAUACACAAUAGUUUCCAUGAUAAACAAAUACAUACCAAUACAUUGGUCAACAAUUAUCUCAUAAAAAAUUUGUAUCUUUAUUUAAUUUUUCCAUUUAUAUGUAUAUGUGUAAAUAGAUCAUAUACGAAAAACGCUACUUAUUUUUAACGUAAAAAAUAUGGAUUAUAUUAAAAACAUUUAUAUAUCACUGUUUCGAAUUAUUAUAUCUCAUAUACAUACAUUUAAAUCAUUUAUUAUUACCAAUAUAAUUAUAAAGAAAUGCAUAUUAUAAAAAAAUAUUUUAAAAGUGUUGUACCUAUCUCAAAAAUGAAAAAUAAUACUGAAACAAAUUGAAAUGCAUUUUAAAGCUCAAUAUUGAUACCUUUGCGUAAUAUCAAGAAAUUUUAGGAAAAAAAUUUAUGUUAUAAAAUAUGUUACAUUAUGUUACAUUAUAAAAUAUGUUACAUUAUAAAAAUCUUCAAAACCGUCAUUUUUUAUACUUUUUAGCGUUUUUUUUUAAACUAAGUAAUAACCAAAUUUAAACAACAGAUUCAUACUUAUUGUCAUUAGACAAGAUGCAUCAGAAAUGAUUAUUCACAUACUCAUGAUACAAAAAAAAUUGUUGACUAGUGUUAAUUAUACACUAACACCAUUCAUUCUACUAACAAAUUAUUGUAAUUUAUGUUUGAAACUCUUUAUUCAAAAUUGUAUGUAAACUACUAUCAAUGUAACAAUGAUAAUUAAAUGUACUGUUUGAUGUGAAA